GGGAACUGUGGAAAGGAAUGAAAAUGGACGUUAAUUAUGGUCUGGGCAUUUGGAGACAGCUUGAAAUGUGAUUGUUUUUUUUGAAUGAUAAUAUAUUUAAUAUCAGCAUUACAUAGUGUUGUGGUAUAUAUUAUGAUGUUUCUUUAUGUUUACGGAUUUCUUGUUUUCUGUACGACUUGGAUAUUUGCGUUUCAGCCAGAUGGUGUGGAAUAUGAUGGUCAACUGUCAAUUAAUCUUCAGCAUUCCUUUGAUCAAGUUAAAGAACCUCAGUUUUUUGACAGAGGUACAGUUAAUAUUCAAAGCAUAAGAACAGGAGCAGUAACAGUACAGCAGGCUCCUCUUUCAGCAGAGGAUAAGCAGAAAUUGAAAGCUCUUGCUGAGAAAGAUGGACUGUAUCGGUUGCGUGCAUUUGUUCAAACAUUGGAUGGAAAAGAAACAUCGUUUCUCACAUUUGUUAAAGCGUGUUCAUUGGCUGAGUCUCAGUUGUCAGACAUUCUAACAGUCUCGUUGGACCAUACAGGUUCAGUGAUUGCAGUUUCCAUGUCAACUUCACCAUCUAUAUGUAAAGGGCGCCAUAUUACUCAUGAACAUCUGCAGCAGUUCAAUACUACCGUAUCUGUGAAGCACAUGGAACAAGGACCUGUUCCUGAUACUGCUGCUUACAUUCAGAAGCUGGAGAAGGAACGAGAAGCAAGAGAAAGAGGAGAAAUUAAAGAUAAUCGGUCAUUUUUGGCCAAAUAUUGGAUGUACAUAGUUCCUGUGGUGAUAUUUGUGGUGCUGUCAGGGGCUGCUAAUCCAGAGGGUGGUGCUGGUGGGGGUGGAGCUGGACGGUAGUGUCACCACAUCAACACAUUCCAGCAGUUUGCCAGGGCACUGGGGCAAGCAUGGGGUGACACUGAUCAUUGGGUGCACCCUGUGUGUUUUGAUCUAACCUGUGGCUUUCUCUAAGAGGUGGUUGUGGUUAUGAGACUGUAAGGCAGAUGUCCUCUGUAGAAAAUUAAGAAAAUGCUACCAGUUGAAUUUUCGAACUAAAACAGUACUGUGGAAAUGGUAAAAAUGUUUCACUUAAUGAAGUCAUGUUUAUAGAUAUUAAAAAUUAAAUGGUACAGUAAAACUGACACCUAUUAUGAACUCUGUGAAAAAGAGGGAUAUUCAUAUUUCUGAUAAAUUAAAUGUUAUAUAUAACUUUAAAAAGCUGCACAUACAUUUUUUCUAACAUGAGACCUGAAACAGUGAACAGUAAUAUAUUAAGUAUAAGUAGUCAGUACAAAAUAAAAUACAUUUUCCUUGUCACAGUGUAUUGUCCAGUGUGUUACAGAAAUUAUUAAGUUUUGCAGAGUGGAGGAACAUAUUCAUGCUAAGUACCAUCUUUAAGAUAUGUAUUGUAUUUGUACGGGGAAGAACACUUCUUUAAUUUUGCCUAAUGUAAUUCAUUAAAUCCUUUUGUUCAUAUUAUGGAUUAUUUUGUGUUUUAAAGUAUAAAAUAAAGAAUGCAAAGAACUCA